AUGUCCUCAGACAAUGAGCAGUACGAUGAGACCAUGAGGAACUUGGCUGCAGCCAUGCGGGCUCAAGACCCCAGUGCUCAUUCUAGAGGAUCCGGCCGUACUGCCCGACAAAGGAGACGAGAUGCUGAACGUCGAGACGAGCAAUCGAAACAAGCGAUCUAUAGCGCUACGAAAUACACGCAUGAUAUGAAAAGACAAACCGAAGCUGAGCGACAGACUAAUCAAGAUGCUCAAGACGCUGGUGCAACCAAUGUGGGAGCUCCUCAAAAUGCCGAGGAUGCAGAAAGUUGGGCAGGGGAUAGUACGACUCUUGCCGGAACAGAGACUCCUCCCUCUGAGGAUGAAGACGGGUCAAACACACCAUUAGAAGGCUCUGUUCUAUCAUCGGAGACUGGACCCAUUUCUGAAGUUGGAUCUCACGCUGGAACAGGGGCAACGCCUCCCUAUUCUGAAGACUCAAACACACUUUUUGAAGGAUUCGCUCAACGACAUGACCAUGGGUCCGAAUCUGGUCCUGACGCUGGGUUCCUACAAGGUCCUGGAACUCACAGAUACAACAUCGAUGGUAACAACUAUCGCAUCGGGCGUAUCGCUGAUAGCGCUCAAGUCACCCGAAUUGACCACGCUUUGGACGGUGCAACACAGAUCAACAAAUUCUUCGGACGUCCACGAGCUACCGCACCUUCUGGAAGGACUGCUCAGGGACGCGCACCGGCCAAUAGCACUACAAUGCCUCACCGAACUACCAACUCCCGACCGUCGGAGCCUUCGGCUGCACCGGAUACAUCUUUUCAUAGAGUAUUUGGCCAAGCGUUGAGGAGCCGGACUGAACAGCUCCUGGCAGAUAGGGGAGCUCAACAGUCUGAUAGAGAUACGUAUGAUACCGAACACAUCGGUGGCGAUGCUAUAGUCCAAAUGAGAACUCGUAAUGGAGAAACUGGAGUAUUCUGGGGCAGUGGUGAUCACACAGCUGAUCAGGUUCCAAGUCAACCCGGAACGGCUACUCAGCCACGUGGCGAUACCGGUAUGACUGGUGGUUUGUCCGGUCCCACGGCCAGGGGCAAUUAUCGAGCACCUGAAGCAGAAGAGGGCAGCGAUAAUGGCGCGUAA